ACCAUUAGAGACCUAAGAUGGCGGACCGGCGGCGAAGGAGGAGGCGCGCGUCCCAGGACAGCGAGGACGACGACGAGUCCGGCUCCGGCUCGGACAGCGGGAGGUCCGGCUCACCGGCCACAAAGGGCCGGCUGCGAGAUCCCGACCCGCCGGAGGUGACAGCGACCCGGGCCGAGCCGAAGAUCGACGUGGAGUCCGAGUGUGAGAGUGAAGAUGGUGUCGGAGAAGCUGUUCUCUCUGACUACGACAGUGCUGAUCCAGAGGAAAACGGCUCCCACUCAGAGGGAGUGGAGGAGGAGGAGGCAGAGCAUUUCAGCGACGAAGAGGCUCCAGCAGCUGCCAGCGAGCCCAAACCCCCCGCAGCCGACCACCCAACACAGGUAGAGGGGGAGAAGAAGAAGGAGGAGGAGGAGGAGGAGGAGGGAGAGGGAGGAGAAGAAGGAGAAGAAGGAGAGAGUAAAGAGGAGAGCAAAGCUGAGGAGAAAGGAAACCUCGCCGGAGAGAGACAGAGCGGUGAUGGACAGGAGUCGACAGACGACCCUGAGACGAAGGCGGGAGGAAAACCUGGUCAGAAGCUCGACGAUGACGAGGACAGGAAAAACCCGGCCUACAUCCCGAGGAAGGGUCUGUUCUUCGAGCAUGACGUCAGAGGACAUGCUCAGGAGGAGGAGAGACCUAAAGGUCGGAACAGGAAGUUGUGGAAGGACGAGGGCCGCUGGGAGCAUGACCGGUUCCGGGAGGAGGAGCAGGCGCCAAAGAGCCGCGAGGAGCUCAUUGCCAUCUACGGCUACGACAUCAGGAACGGUGGGGGCUCCGGGGAGCGACAGUACCGGCAGCGCAGGCCGAGACAGAGUAUGUCUCCCAGCAGAGACAAGCGGUGGAGGGACGGAGAGCGCCCCGUCCGGUCCUGGCAGAGUGGAGGAGGAGGAGGAGGAGGUCUGAACCGUGGAGGAGCUCCACCUUCAUCCAACCACCCCUCUUCCACGUCCCCCUCCUCCCUGCCGCUGUCCUCCGCUCAGCGUGGCAGCAAUCCCUCCAGACCGCCUCCCUCCCGCAGCAGACCGCCUCACCACAGUCAGACGCACCCGUCGCCACAGUCCCAGUACAGGAAUAACGAAUCAAAUGCACCCCAUGUGCACCCCAGAGACCGAGCGGGCCCUAAAGUUCAGUCCGAGCCCACAGGAGACAGGGGUGUUGUUGGCAGGGGAGGCCGCGGUGGCGGUGGGGGAAGGGCGCCCUCUGUGGUCGUUGAGGACAUUACAGUCAGCCAGGGAGGCGUCAGGGAGCAGGACCUGAGUGCUGCAACGACGGCGCCGUCGCCACAGCCGGGCGGGUACCAGUCUGCAUCGCCACGACGGCAGCAGGAGCAGAGAGGGAGCGCCGACAGGUCAGCGCCGGGACCAACCGUCUCCUCCUCCGCCUCAGAACCCUCCCUGCAGCCAUCAGCGACCAAUCGGGAAACUUCUCCCCCCGCCGAGCGGCCUGUGGAGCGCAAAUCUUACUCCCUGGCUCGCAGGACUCGCUCCCGGCCCGCCGACCUGGGCAGCAAACAGCCGUCCGUGGAGGAGUCUGGCGCCGGAGGGAACGCCACCUCCCCUGGCAGCGUGGCAGGGAAGAGCUGGACGGGAGCAGGCGACGGGCCGAGCCAGGCGGGUGGAGGGGGCGGGGUCACGGAGCUGGACCCGGAAGUGGCUCGACUCAGUCUGGCGAGACAGAGCUGGAGCCAGACGCCUUUCAUCCGGUCUGAGAUGAGAGGUCUUCCCAGCACUAUGCACAUCCCCGGUGCUCCGCCUCAGUUCCCCGCAAUGGAGGAGAUGGGCGUCGGCGCCAACCGGGCCAAACGAUACUCGUCACAGCGGCAGAGGGCAGUUCCUGAGCCGGCCCCACCCAUGCACCUGGGCGUGAUGGAGGGACACUACUACGAGCCCAUGUCUUAUCAGGGACCAAUCUAUGCCCACGGGGAAGGCCCCGCCCCCAUCCCGCCGCAGGGCAUGCUGGUCCAGCCUGAGAUGCACCUGCCCCACCCCGGUCUCCAUCCCCACCAAUCAGGCGGUCCCAUCGCUAACCCCGCACUCUACGGAGGCCCACCUGUUUCUCUGUCGCCGGGGCAACCGCAGCAGCUGCUGCCGCCGCCUUUCUACCCUCCGCCCGGGGUCAUGACCUUCCCCUACCCGACCAUGUACCCGAGCCCCCAGUCUCAGGUGACGUACGGCGGCGUGACGUACUAUGACACGAUGCAGCAGCAGGCGCAGCCCAAACCCUCGCCGCCGCGCCGCACGUCCCAGCCCGUCACCAUCAAGCCCCCCCCGCCAGAGCUGCACUUCGCCUCCGAGUGACCCCGCCCCCUCGCCCUCCCAGCCGCCACGCUCCGCCUCACGCCGUCUCCCAACCACAGGACGGGAUGGGAGGGUCGCUGAGGAGCUGCGGUCCUCAACAACCAAUGUUCUCCAGCUGGGAGGGACAGGUGGACGACGGACAGGUGGACCGGUGGACAGGUGGAUGGACUCUGCAGGUGACCCACAGCAUCACUGGUGGAACAUCUCCUUCUUGCUUUGCCGUCAACCCUGUAGCAGUUGGGCGGACUGUUGUGUACCUCUGCAGUCGCGGGUUUGAUCCCACCAACGUGUCUUUGAGCAACAACGAAGCUGUAAAUGUAAAAACAACAAAACCGUUUCUUUGUCUGCCUGUGGAACCGACGAGUUCAAACCCUUUAGAAGCAUUUAUCGAACUCUCUGUCAAAGUAUUUUCGGUUUUUGUUCCGUUUCUUGUCGGGAUCGGCGGUUUCUCCACACUGUGCUGCAGCUCCAGGUUAGUUCUUCUAGGAAACGGGAGGUUAGCUCGUGUCAUUUUUCAUCGUAGUUACUGCAGAAAGUUCUAACAAGAUGAAUGAAAGAAGAGAGAAGCUAUUGAGAGCAGAGUUUGGAUGUUUGGUUGUGUAUAUAAUUUGAUCGCAGCAGACCCGGUGCUUCCUGAAAACCUCCACGUAAGUGUCACGUUCCAGCUGCUGCUUUGUUUGUUUGGAUGUUUUGGCUUCCACAGACCUCUGCCUUCAUUGCAAACCACAGAUUGAUAAAUGUUCUGCUGCAGCUGGGCUCCAUAAAAUGUCAGAAAACGGUGAAAAAUGUUCAUCUCACUUUCUCAAACCCUUCAAAUAUUUUAUUAUCGAUAAAACAACAACAACAUAAAACCACACAAUGUUGGGAGAACAGAAUGUUUCUCUGCAGAUUAGAGCGGGGCGAUGCCACCAAAACAUGAAUAUCCAGACUUAUUUCAACAUUAAUCUGCUUUUUACUGCAAAAAGUAAUCAGACUAAAAUAUGCACCAUCUGUAUGUAUAUUAAAAUAGUUCAGCUCCAACUUUAGCCAAUUAAAAUCUCAGAAAACAGUAAAAAUGUUCAUCUCACUGAUGCGCCCAGCCCGACUGGAAACGUGCCCAGCCCAACCGGUGGCGUUGCCCAGCCCAACCGGUGGCGUUGCCCAGCCCAACCGGUGGCGUUGCCCAGCCCAACCGGUGGCGUUGCCUAGCCCAAAUGGAGGCGGCGUUUUGUUUCCGACCAUCCAACAACACGCUGAGUCUCUGAAUGAUACGAGACAAUAGUCUGAUGGAGACGUGAGACGGACGGCAGCGUCCUUCCUCUGACUGAGACAGCAUGAUUUGGCAAAACAAAAUACUUUGACUACGUUGAAUUAAACUUUAGAAUCGGUGGAUUGUCCCUUUAAAACUGACGGCGGCGUUUUCUUUCAGCACAAAGUGAAAGUAAAGGAUGGAACAAUUGCUCAGGAGGGUCUGAUGAGCUGCUGGGGGGGGGGGCUUGAUCGUUGUUGUACAUAAAAAUCUAAAUGUGUAUAUAGAAGCUUGAAGAGAUAAAAUAGCAGUAAACAUAUUCUAAUAACUACUAGUGCUACAGAACAGUGGGAUCUGAUUCAGAGCGCAUCGGCAGGGACCUCGAAUGUUAACGGCGGAUUUAAUUUGGAGACAAAGCGACAAAGGAGCUGUGUGGCUUUAGUUUGAUUUGUAUUGUUUUUCCUUUUUGAAUGUUUAAUUUUAAUACUGUUUUUUUAUUGUUAGUUAGUGCAGGAAUGAGUUGAAAAUGUGUUUGUUUUCACGUCAACAGGCCACACUGAGAACUGAAACCACUUUAUAAAAACUUUAAUUCUUCAUCACUUGUUUGUCCUGCAGCGAAAAUACAUUUUCAUGGAUGAAAGUAAGCAGAAAUAAAGGUGUAUUUU